AUGGGGGGCCUCGAGCAGACAGCAGCAGGAGGAGCAGCACCAGCGGUGGCCACUGUAUCCCACGAUACCGCCCUGUGUAUCGUACCCCCAAGAAGCCUGUGGCCUAGGAUCGACCGCCUGAGAUCACGUUACGACAAGGCCUACGGCAAGUGGCCACCGCAUGUCAACCUUAUUUAUCCCUUUGUCCAGGUCGACGCUCUUCCCAGGGCGUUGGAAUUGGUGCGGUCCGCUGUGCAGGGCCGAGACCCCUUUCGAGUACAAUUUGGUGCGGCGGAUGUGUUUCGGCACCGGCACGACAACACCAUCUUCCUGUACGAUGACGACGAGGCGCGGAGGGAGCAGCUCGGCCGCCUGCGCCAGGCUAUCCUUGUGGCGCUUGGGGCCAGGCCUAAGGACGCUGGUGGCUACCGGAUGCACAUGAGUCUUGGGCAAAGCGAGGAUGUCGAUGAGUCGUGGCACCACUUCCUCCUUGAAAAGGCAAGACUGCUUCCUGGGAUCGAGUGGGAGGUUGACGAGCUUCACCUCCUCGUGAGGGAACGAGUUCAGGUGGGAGAUUCGUUGUCGGCGCAGAUGAAAGGCUGGGCGACGAUCUCUUUGAAAGACGGCACGAUCUAUCAGUCCGCCACGCUACAGGCAUUGGACGAUGGGAAUUUGUCAAUUCCAGCGCCAGAGGCUCCGUACAAUUAUGAUGGAGGACAGGGGUGGAAGAAGAUCUCACCAGACAGGACCUUCCCCGAGACAGAGACCGCUGAAGAUGCUUCUUCUACUACCUUGGCGGUGGCGACAUACAACGUGCUGGCCGAGUUCCAGUACCCGCCAUCGCACAAGCGAUACCCGUUGCUCAUCGAAAAUAUACUCUCAAAGAAGGCCAAGACUGAUGUUCUGGCCCUGCAGGAAGUCACUGACGAUUUUCUGUCCUACCUGCUGGCAGAUCAAAACAUCCGACAAGCGUUUCCUUUCUGCAGUCAUGGCCCUCCCAACCAGGAAGACGUCGAGCCGCUUCCGAGUCACAACAACAUCAUAGUUCUCAGCAGGCACGCUUUUGAAUGGGAGAGCGUACCAUUCAACCGGGAGCACAAGAACGCACUUGUUGUCAAGUUCCAGGGCCUUGGGCGAUGGGAUGAUGCCGACUUCACCCCUCUGAUACUGGCCACCGUCCAUCUUACUCACGGCCUAAAAGAUGGAUCUAUUGCAGCCAAGAAGUCUGAGAUCGAUAAGAUGCUGAAGUACUUGGCCCAGAACUACCCAGAUCACCCGACAGUCCUGGCAGGGGACUUCAACAUAACCUCGUCAGCCUAUACGAUUAGCCAGGCACUCGAGAGGAACGUCGUCUCCGCUCAGGCUGCCACACAUCUUCGCAAUCUUGAUGCGACCUUCACACGGAAUGGCUUCGUCGAUGCCUGGACCGUUUUCCAGCUGGAGAAGGGGGCAGGACCAGACGAGGAAGUCAUUGAGUUCGCCUUAGAAGGCGAGCAGGGUGCGACGUAUGAUCCGACCGUCAACGCCUUGGCCGCAGAGAUUGUGGGCAGUGGAUUCGGCAUGCGUCCUCAGCGGAUUGAUAGGGUGUUGGCCAAGGGAGACGGAUUCUUACACGUCCUGCACUUCAAUAAGUUUGGGGACGUUACGACAGAAGCUAAUGGGGAAAGCGGCCCUCAGACCUUGUACGCCAGUGACCACUGGGGUAUCCGGACUGUCCUGAAGCUUGGGUUCGAGACCGAGAGCACAAGGUCAGCGACUUCUCAGCUUGUUCCUGUCCAGUCGAGAACGGCGAAGGGCGCCCUGGCAGACUCAGAAGCUCUGGAAACGGCUUUGCAAAAUGCUGGCGCAAUUCCCUCCGAUGAGGACAUCAGAACUCGGGCCGCUGCAUUUCAUCUGCUGAAAGGUGUUAUUCUUGAUACCUCAUCUUCAGAACCGGCGCAGUCAGCGACGGCUCUCAUAUUUUUGCCCGUGGGAUCGUAUGGCCUGGGCGUCUGGACGUUGUCCUCCGACAUCGACUGCCUGUGUAUUGGGCCCUUCAGCGCUCCUACGUUCUUCUCCCUCGCGACGGAGAGGUUGCGAAAGGCUGCCGAUCGAGGUGUCAGGAUCAUACGCCGCGUAAAGGCGAAUACCGGCACAAUGCUGGAGCUGGAUUUGCAGGGUGCCAGGUUUGACCUCCAGUACGCGUCUGCUCAAGCGGUUGUAGAGCUCUGGCCGGCCGUCCUCAGGUUCCCGACUUCACAUGCUGUUUGGCGUCUCUCGAGCAGCACGCUGUCGAAACUAAGAGCCAUCCGUGACCUCGACUAUGUUCGGCAUUCCGUCCCAGACAUGACCAAGUUCGCCCGUGCACAUCGUCUGAUCAAGACAUGGGCCAAGAACCGUGGCAUCUAUACUGCAAAGUUUGGAUACCUGGGCGGUUUCCAGAUCACGAUUCUCCUGGCAAGGGUGUACAAACUCCUGGCGCGCGAUGCGGCUUUGCUAUCAGUUGCUGACGUGCUGGCGACAUUCUUCCAUCACUAUGCCGAUUUUGCUUGGAAGCGGAACCUGGUUUUUGACCCGUUCUUUCACAAGACGUUAAACUAUAGGAGAACCGAUCGUGAGCCUCUGGCAAUUCUGGGAUACUUCCCGCCCGCCCUCAAUACAAGUCUUGCUGCGUCGACCCCAUCGGUUCGGACCAUCGCAGCCGAGUUCAAGCGGGCUGCCAGCCUGCUCUCCGAGGAGAGCAUGAGCAUGACCUGGCCCAAGUUUGUCAACUCUGACGGGACAUUUGAUUUUCUGCGGGGAUUCAGGAGCUACGUCAAGAUUGACGUGCAGUUCUGGGGUGGAUCCAUCACCAAAGGUCGGGGUUUUGUUGGCUGGGUGGAGUCUCGAUGUGUCUCGCUCCUUGUGGACCUGAACAGACGCGCGCCAGCGCUGCAUGCAAGGUUCUGGCCAGCUCGCUGGACGGAGAAGAGCGAAGACACGUCUGUCCUCCCCCAUCGUGCUGGUACACCUGCAGCUGAUGACGACUCUGGGGGCGACUACCAGGGCUGCUACCUCAUUGGUCUGGACAAGCUGAAAGAAGACAACAUGUCGACGGAGGACGAGAAAGUCAUGUACGGCACGCUGCUCUCGGUCCUUGGUCGUUUCGCAGAGCAGAUCCGUGGUGACACGAGGCACUUUGAUGCCCAAUCCUCAUGGAUGAGCGCUAGCGUCGUCAAGGCUGCUGAAGUCGGGUCGCUACAAGUCGAUAGGCGCGAAUGGGGCAAAUAUGCCAUAGGGGAGGACGACGAGUCGGAUGACGAAGAUGGAGAGGACGCAGCAGCAGCAGCGCAAAACCAUAGCCUCGGCGACGAAUAUGAGGAUCAGAACUACGCCCCAAAGAAGAAGAAGCCCGCCAGAGCCAUCACCAACCAGCCUCGCGCUGUGGUUGUGCCUAAGCCUGAAGGGGCGGGUAGAUUCCGCACUGCAGCCGAUGUGCUGAACCGGCUGCGUUGGGAUCCAUCGCUAGACAGCGCAGACCAUGUUGUUGGCUACGAGGACAGGUUUCUGGGCGCCAUGGAGAAGGCACUAGAUGCGUGGAAGUUAGAGCAGACACAUGAGGAGUUUAUCCCGCAGCACAGGAUCCUGUACUUCAAGCGGAAGAGCGACGGCGUGGUGGUGUGGGAGCGGAGGACGAGAAAGGAUCUACUGUUUGGGAGUGGAUAGUUGCAGUGUGAGUGGAAUUCGAACAGCCUAGCCGGAGGAGUGAGUAGAGUAAGUGUCUUUUUAGGACAAGGAAAAUAAUGAGGGAAAGAUGAAAGAAAAAAAAACCACC